AUGCUACUCGUUCCAAAAAUAGAAAUGAUCAAGUAUAUUGAAUGCGACAUGUUGGACGCAGCGGCAACAACAUUGCCUGUCAUCCAACCAUCUGUGAGUGUGGGAAAUGUCGGUCAGCUGACAAUUGAUCUACUGAUAUCUACAUUGCCCACAAAAAAGAUCGGCAUUGUCCACCACCCAGCCAUACAUGCCAUGGUUGGUGGAGAUCCCUACAAUCCCAAUAGCAAAGAAGUUACUACAAGUGCAGACCUCCAUUUAGUUGAGGAACAUUCCAUUGUUAUUCUGCAGAUCAGAGCUCCAUUAAUUAAGCGUGAAAGGCAGAAGUUUUUGGAAGAGCUCGUAGCCUGGUGCAAGAAUGUUGGCAUCAAGGAUGUCGUCAUGUUGUCAUCUUGCAAUGCAUACGAGAGGUGGGACAGCCAGAUCUCAGGCACGCAGCUCAGGUAUUACACAUCUAACGUGUCUGAGUCGUGUGUGCAGAUGCUAAGGUCUGUAGGAGCAGCAGAGCUUGAGGAACGCACAGACGAGUUUGGUAAAAAACAACGUUUCUUGUCAGGAGCUGGUUUUGUCCAGCCCUUCAUGGAUAUCUGCGAAUUACCUGUAGCAACGCUGAUUAAGUUUGUUGAUGAAGGAGACAAUAGAAGUGAUGCCUACGCCCUUGCAACGUACUUGAACGCUUGGAAACACCUGCUUAAGGAAACCAACCCAUCUUGGAAGGCCCCGUUUUCAUGGAAGAACUUGUAUGGAGGACCACAACCAGUUGGCCUUUGUUGAUGUCUCAUGCUCAUUUGGAACGUGUCGUAGAAGGUUUAUGGUGAUGUUUUUUAG